ACGUAGUGUUAUUGUAAUUUAAUUUUAUCAUAAAUCUUUUAGUAGUGUAACAAAGGAGUAAGAACGUAAUCAAAGCUGAUCAAUUCUUCCUUUCACUGUUAGCAUAACAUCAACUUGGCAGAACAAAGAGAGAACUUGAAGGCUUGAAAGCAGGUAGGACAGUCUCUAGAUUUCAGGAUGUCAGACGCAUUAAUGGAGGAGUUUGGUGCCGCAGCACCUUUUCUGCGCAAGUCUGACAAGGAGCGACUGGAGGCCCAGACUCGUCCUUUUGACAUGAAGCGGGAAUGCUUUGUGCCGGAUCCUGAAGUCGAGUAUGUCAAGGCCUCUAUCACCAGCCGAGAUGGAGACAAAGUCACUGUUGAUACAGAGUUUGGAAAGACUGUGACAGUGAAGGAGUGUGAUGUUCACCCUCAGAACCCGCCAAAGUUCGAUAAAAUUGAGGACAUGGCGAUGUUCACCUUCCUGCAUGAACCUGCCGUGCUGUUUAACCUCAAAGAGCGUUACGCAGCCUGGAUGAUCUAUACCUACUCAGGACUUUUCUGUGUAACUGUCAACCCCUACAAGUGGCUGCCAGUGUACAACCAGGAAGUUGUCGUUGCCUACAGAGGCAAGAAGAGGACUGAAGCUCCUCCUCACAUCUUCUCCAUUUCUGAUAAUGCCUACCAGUACAUGCUUUCAGACAGAGAGAACCAGUCAGUCCUUAUCACUGGAGAAUCUGGUGCAGGAAAGACUGUCAACACCAAGAGAGUCAUCCAGUACUUUGCUAGCAUUGCAGCAGCACCAGGAAAGAAAGAUGCAUCUUUGGAGAAAAAGGGUACCCUGGAGGAUCAAAUCAUCCAGUGUAACCCUGCACUGGAGGCCUUUGGUAAUGCCAAGACCAUCAGAAACGACAACUCAUCUCGUUUUGGUAAAUUCAUUCGUAUCCACUUUGGUGUCAGUGGAAAAUUGGCCUCUGCUGACAUUGAGACUUAUCUUCUAGAAAAGUCUCGUGUGACGUAUCAGCUCAAGGCUGAGAGAGACUACCACAUCUUCUAUCAGAUCCUGUCUCAAAGGAAACCAGAAUUGCUGGAAAUGUUGCUCAUCACCAACAACCCCUAUGACUAUGCCUACAUCUCCCAAGGAGAGACCCAAGUGGCAUCUAUUAAUGAUGCUGAUGAGCUUAUAGCUACUGACGAAGCUUUUGAUGUGCUGGGCUUUACCCAAGAAGAGAAGAAUGGUAUCUAUAAACUGACUGGUGCCAUCAUGCACUUUGGCAACAUGAAGUUCAAGCAAAAGCAGAGAGAGGAGCAGGCUGAGGCUGACGGCACUGAAGAUGCAGACAAAGUCGCAUAUCUGAUGGGCCUGAACUCUGCCGAUCUGCUGAAGGGUUUGUGCCACCCAAGAGUCAAAGUAGGAAAUGAGUGGGUCACCAAGGGACAGAAUGUCCAACAGGUGUACUAUGCAAUUGGUGCACUUUCAAAAUCAGUAUAUGAAAAGAUGUUCCUUUGGAUGGUUGUGAGAAUUAACCAAUCUCUGGACACCAAGCAGCCUCGCCAGUACUUCAUUGGUGUGCUGGAUAUCGCUGGAUUUGAGAUCUUUGAUUUCAACACCUUUGAGCAGCUGUGUAUCAACUUCACUAAUGAGAAGUUGCAGCAGUUUUUCAAUCACCACAUGUUUGUGCUGGAGCAAGAAGAAUACAAGAAAGAGGGUAUUGAGUGGGAGUUUAUUGACUUCGGCAUGGACUUGCAAGCUUGCAUUGAGCUUAUUGAAAAGCCCAUGGGUAUCAUGUCCAUCCUUGAAGAGGAGUGCAUGUUUCCCAAAGCCAGUGAUGCCACAUUCAAAGCUAAGCUUUACGACAAUCACUUGGGCAAAUCUAAUAAUUUCCAGAAACCCAGGAUUGUGAAGGGUAAACCAGAGGCUCACUUUGCCCUAGUUCAUUAUGCUGGCACUGUUGACUACAAUAUUAACAACUGGUUGGUGAAGAACAAGGAUCCACUCAAUGAAACUGUUGUGGGACUUUUCCAAAAGUCUACACUGAAGAUGUUGGGCUGUCUCUUUGCUGGUUAUGCUGGAGCUGACUCAGCUGCAGAAUCCGGUGGAAAGGGUGGCAAAGGUGCAAAAAAGAAGGGUUCUUCAUUCCAGACUGUGUCUGCUCUCCACCGCGAGAACCUGAACAAGUUGAUGACAAAUUUGAGGUCCACACACCCACACUUUGUCCGCUGCCUCAUCCCCAAUGAGACGAAGACUCCUGGGGCCAUGGAGAAUCCUCUUGUAAUGCACCAACUGCGCUGUAACGGUGUACUGGAAGGUAUCAGAAUCUGCAGAAAAGGCUUCCCCAACAGAAUCCUGUAUGGUGACUUUAGACAACGUUACCGUAUCCUGAAUCCUGCUGCUAUUCCUGAGGGGCAGUUUAUUGACAACAAGAAAGGUGCAGAGAAACUACUUGGCUCUCUGGACAUUGACCACAACCAGUAUAAACUGGGACACACAAAGGUGUUCUUCAAGGCUGGUCUUCUGGGUACUCUUGAGGAGAUGCGAGAUGAUCGCCUUGCACUCAUCCUUACUGGUAUUCAGGCCAGGGCUCGUGGACUUCUCUCAAGGAUUGAAUUUCAGAAGAUUGUUGAGAGAAGGGAUGCCUUGUUGGUAAUCCAGUGGAAUGUCCGUGCUUUCAUGGGUGUGAAGAAUUGGCCCUGGAUGAAGUUGUAUUUCAAGAUCAAACCUCUGUUGAAGUCAGCUGAGGCUGAGAAAGAAAUGGCCAACAUGAAAGAAGAAUUCACAAAGUUGAAGGAGGCCUAUGCUAAAUCUGAAGCCCGCAAGAAAGAAUUGGAAGAGAAAAUGGUUACUCUUCUUCAAGAGAAGAAUGACCUGCAGCUCCAAGUCCAAUCUGAACAAGAUAAUCUUUCUGAUGCUGAGGAGCGAUGUGAGGGUCUAAUUAAGAACAAGAUCCAACUUGAAGCUAAAUGCAAAGAGUUGACUGAAAGGCUGGAAGAUGAAGAGGAAAUGAAUGCUGAGUUGGUUGCAAAGAAGAGGAAGCUUGAGGAUGAAUGCUCUGAGCUGAAGAAAGACAUUGAUGAUCUGGAGCUUACCCUGGCCAAAGUAGAGAAAGAAAAGCAUGCCACUGAGAACAAGGUUAAAAACUUGACUGAGGAAAUGGCUGCUCUGGAUGAAAUCAUUGCCAAGCUGACCAAGGAGAAGAAAGCUCUCCAGGAAGCUCAUCAACAAACACUGGAUGAUCUGCAGAGUGAAGAGGACAAAGUCAACACUCUGACCAAAGCCAAAGCUAAAUUGGAGCAGCAAGUUGAUGACCUUGAGGGUUCUCUCGAGCAAGAAAAGAAAAUUCGAAUGGAUCUCGAACGAGCCAAGAGAAAACUUGAGGGUGACUUGAAGUUGACUCAAGAGAAUGUCAUGGACCUGGAAAAUGACAAGCAGCAAAUGGAGGAGAGGCUUAAGAAAAAAGACUUUGAGAUCAGCCAGCUGAAUAGUAAGAUUGAGGAUGAACAAGCAUUGGGAGCCCAACUCCAGAAGAAACUGAAGGAGUUGCAGGCUCGUAUUGAAGAGCUAGAAGAAGAGCUGGAGGCUGAGAGAGCAGCUCGUGCCAAGGUUGAGAAGCAAAGGGCAGAUUUGGCAAGAGAACUGGAGGAGAUCAGUGAGAGGCUGGAGGAGGCUGGUGGAGCCACUGCUGCCCAGAUUGAAAUGAACAAGAAGAGAGAGGCUGAGUUCCAGAAACUUCGUAGAGACCUUGAAGAGUCCACCCUGCAACAUGAGGCCACUGCUGCAACUCUAAGAAAGAAACAUGCUGAUAGUGUGGCAGAUCUGGGAGAACAGAUUGACAACCUUCAGAGAGUGAAGCAGAAGCUUGAGAAGGAGAAGAGUGAACUGAGACUGGAGCUGGAUGAUGUGGUCUCCAACAUGGAGCAGAUUGUUAAAUCCAAGGCAAACCUGGAGAAAAUGUGUAGAACCCUGGAGGACCAAAUGAGUGAAUUCCGAACCAAAGCCGAGGAAGGCCAGCGCACAAUCAAUGAUUUUUCAAUGCAGAAGGCAAAGCUUCAGACUGAAAAUGGUGAGCUUUCCAGACAACUGGAAGAAAAGGAUUCACUGGUCUCUCAGUUGACAAGAGGGAAACAAUCUUACACCCAGCAGGUUGAGGAUCUCAAGAGACAGCUGGAGGAGGAAAUCAAGGCCAAGAAUGCCCUGGCUCAUGCAGUGCAGUCGGCUCGUCAUGAUUCUGAUCUGCUCAGAGAGCAGUAUGAAGAGGAGCAGGAGGCUAAAGCUGAGCUACAGCGCAGUCUCUCCAAAGCAAACUCUGAGGUGGCUCAGUGGAGGACCAAGUAUGAAACUGAUGCCAUCCAGAGAACAGAAGAGCUGGAGGAUGCAAAGAAAAAACUUGCUCAGCGUCUGCAAGAAGCAGAAGAAGCUGUGGAAGCUGUAAAUGCCAAAUGUUCCUCUCUGGAAAAGACCAAACACAGACUGCAGAAUGAGAUUGAAGAUCUCAUGGUUGAUGUGGAAAGGUCCAAUGCUGCUGCUGCUGCUCUGGACAAGAGGCAAAGAAACUUUGACAAGGUCUUGGCUGAGUGGAAGCAAAAGUAUGAAGAGUCCCAGUCUGAGCUGGAAAGCUCUCAGAAAGAGGCUAGAUCUCUAAGUACUGAGCUCUUCAAACUGAAGAAUUCCUACGAGGAGUCGUUGGACCAUCUGGAGACCAUGAAGAGGGAGAACAAGAACUUGCAAGAGGAAAUUUCUGAUCUCACUGAACAACUUGGUGAAAGUGGAAAGAGCAUUCAUGAGCUGGAAAAAGCAAGGAAACAGUUGGAGCAGGAGAAGGCAGAGAUUCAAUCUGCUCUUGAGGAAGCAGAGGGAUCUCUUGAGCAUGAAGAGGGCAAAAUCCUUAGAUCUCAGUUGGAGUUCAACCAGGUGAAGGCUGACAUUGAACGUAAACUGGCUGAAAAGGAUGAGGAGAUGGAGCAGACCAAGAGGAACCAACAAAGAGUGGUGGACACCCUGCAAAGCUCUCUAGAGUCUGAGACUCGCAGCAGAAAUGAAGCUCUUAGAGUGAAGAAGAAGAUGGAGGGAGACUUAAAUGAGAUGGAGAUCCAGCUCAGCCAGGCUAACAGGCAGGCUGCAGAGGCCCAGAAACAGCUGAAGAAUCUCCAUGGACAUUUGAAGGAUUCUCAACUGCAGCUGGAUGAUGCUCUCCGUGCUAACGAUGAUCUCAAAGAGAACAUUGCUAUUGUGGAGAGACGCAACAAUCUGAUCCAGGCUGAACUGGAUGAACUGAGAUCCCUGGUAGAGCAGACCGAGAGAGGCCGCAAACUGGCUGAGCAAGAAUUGCUGGAUGUCAGUGAGAGGGUUCAGCUACUGCACUCUCAGAACACCAGCUUGCUGAACCAGAAGAAGAAAUUAGAGGGAGACACUUCUCAGCUUCAGACUGAGGUAGAGGAGGCUGUCCAAGAGUGCAGGAAUGCUGAGGAAAAAGCCAAAAAAGCCAUCACUGAUGCUGCCAUGAUGGCAGAAGAGCUGAAGAAGGAGCAGGACACCAGUGCUCACCUGGAGCGCAUGAAGAAGAACAUGGAGCAGACCAUUAAAGAUCUCCAGCACCGCCUGGAUGAAGCUGAGCAAAUCGCCAUGAAGGGUGGCAAGAAGCAGGUCCAGAAACUGGAAGCGAGGGUCAGAGAGCUGGAAAGCGAAGUAGAGCUGGAACAGAGGAAAGCCAGUGAAUCAGUUAAGGGCGUUCGUAAAUAUGAGCGCCGUAUUAAGGAGCUGACCUACCAGACUGAGGAGGAUCGUAAGAAUCUGGCCCGUCUGCAGGACCUAGUAGACAAACUACAGCUGAAAGUUAAGUCCUACAAGAGGGCUGCUGAGGAGGCUGAGGAGCAAGCUAAUGGCAAUCUUGGAAAGGUCCGCAAACUGCAACACGAGCUGGAUGAGGCUGAGGAAAGAGCUGAUAUUGCAGAAUCCCAAGUUAACAAGUUGAGAGCUAAGAGCCGUGACACUGGUUCUAAGGCAAGUAAUCAAAAAGGACAUGAUGAAGAGUGA